AUGACGGCCAACGGUACACGGGGUGACUCACGACCAGUGUUCUUCUUCGACAUUGACAAUUGUCUUUACUCUAAAAAAUGCAAUAUCCAUGAUGAGAUGCAAACGUUGAUCAAUAAAUUCUUCGUCAAGCACCUUGAUCUCACCUCCGAAGAUGCCCAUAUGCUUCACCAGAAAUACUACAAGGAGUAUGGUCUUGCCAUCGAAGGCCUGACUCGCCAUCACAAGAUUGAUCCCCUCGAGUUUAACUACGAGGUGGACGACGCGCUUCCCCUUGAACGGAUUCUGGAACCGAACCCGAAGUUGCGCAAGCUGUUGGAGGCAUUGGACACUAGCAAGGUCAAGCCUUGGCUGCUCACCAAUGCUUAUGUCAAUCAUGCAAAGAAGGUGGUCAAACUAUUGGGAAUCGAGGAUUUGUUUGAGGGCGUGACCUUCUGCGACUAUGCACAGCUGCCGCUGGUUUGUAAACCCAGCCAAGACAUGUAUGCCAAGGCAGAGAAAGAGGCCGGCGCACCAAGUACUGAGUCGUGCUACUUCGUUGAUGACUCAUAUCUCAAUUGUAAACAUGCUGAGGCUCGAGGCUGGGCGACCGUUCACCUUGUGGAGCCCGGCGUUGAAAUCCCACGUAUUCCGGCGUCGAAGUAUCUGGUCUCCAGCCUUGAGGAACUACGGGUGCAUUUCCCUGAGGUUUUCAAGCCAUGA